ACUUCUUUUAGUUGAAUAGAAACAUCUUAGCGACAUAAGACGUUUUUUUAUGUUAAAAGUAUCAUAGUUUUUUAUUACAUUAUUACUUAACAUUAUUAUUUGUCAACAUUUUAGAUAAUUGAAGAUGGAAUAUUCCACAUAAUUUCAAAAAUAUUCAGUCAACAUGGUCAUCAAAUUUCUUUUAACUGUUGGAAUAAUUUUAGAAGCAGUCAGUCUUUGCUUAACAAUAGAUAUAUUUGGUCACUUGGGUCGGUCUUAUCGGGCCAGUCUCAUACAGUUUCAAGAAGACCCGCAGUUCGGUAACAAACCCAUAUUGAACGAAUAUGACUUCAUCGUCGUGGGAGCUGGAGCUGCAGGAGCGACAGUGGCACGGCGUUUGGCCGAAAUCAGCGAAUGGAAAGUCUUAUUGUUAGAAGCCGGCGGAGAAGAAUCGUUGAUCACUUCAGUUCCGGCUAUUGCUCACUACUUGCAAUUCACCAACUAUAAUUGGGGCUACAGGACCGAAGAAGAGCCUCACGCUUGCAAAGGACUGGUGAACAAACGUUGUCCCUGGCCGGCCGGGAAAGGUAUUGGAGGCAGUACGAUUAUUAACAACAACAUGUACACUAGGGGCAAUGUGAAAGACUUUGACGGAUGGGCGGAAAACGGGAAUCCAGGAUGGUCGUACAACGACGUUCUACCCUAUUUUUUGAAAAUCGAAGACAUAAACGUGCCCGAGCUAAAAAGGUCUGUACAUCACGGUGUAGGCGGUCCUAUGCCUAUAAGUUACAUACCGUUCAAAAGUAAAUUAAUGGACGCAUUUUUGGAGUCUGCUCCUGAAGUGGGAAUGAAAACUGGCGAUUACAACGCUCCUGGCAGCAACGUCGUGUUUUCCAGAAUCCAAAGUACCACGUUGAACGGUCGAAGGGUGACUUCUGCCAAGGCGUAUCUCCGAGAAAAUUUAAGCAAUUUACAUAUUGUCGAAUUCGCUACGGUCACGAAAAUAUUGAUUGAUCCGAAUACAAAAGCGGCAUAUGGAGUGGAGUUUGUGAAGAACAAGAAAAACAGAAAAGCGUUGGCUAAAAAAGAGGUGAUCGUGUCAGCGGGAACGUUCAACUCGGCCAAGCUUUUAAUGUUAUCCGGUAUUGGACCCAAAGAACACCUAGAGCCACUAGGAAUCAAAGUGCUGCAGAAUUUGCGAGUCGGCGAUAACUUGCAAGAACACCCUGCAUAUGCCGGUUUGAGUUUCGUCAUAAAUGAAACUUUAUCGUUAGUUCCCGACCGGGUAUAUCGCAAAAUAAUAACCGAGACAUUCAGAAUAUUAGAAGGGACUAGUAUCAUGUCAACUCUGCCCUGUGAGGGUAUUGGUUAUGUUAAAACAAAGUAUAAUACAUGGAAGGGCGAUUUACCGGAUAUAGAAUACAUAUUCAUACCAUCGAGUUUGGCCGGCGAAGGGGGUUUAGGCGGAAAUAUUGGUCGAAGAUCUAUGGGUGUACCCGACGACUUGUUCAACGAUAUGUACAAAGGCAUAAUGGCCAAAGACUCUUGGACAAUUUGGCCAAUGCUGACGUACCCGAAGAGUAGGGGUCAGGUUCGACUGCGCGACGCCGAUCCUCGUUCAAAACCUGUGAUAAAUGCCAAUUUCUUUAGCGACCCAAUCGAUUUGAACAGGCUCGUCGAAGGUAUCAAGAUGAUCAUUAAUCUCAGCAAAACCAAGCCGUUUCAAAAGUACGGUUCGAGGCUGCACAAACGACCUAUGCCCGGUUGUAAACAUAUCGAGUUCGGUACCGACGAUUAUUGGUCUUGUUGCAUUCAGAGAAUGACAAUGCAAAUGCAUCACCAAUGUGGUACUUGUAAAAUGGGCCCGGAAUGGGACCGUAACGCAGUAGUUAACGCACAACUGAAGGUGUACGGAAUUUCCAACCUGAGAGUGAUCGACUGUUCGAUUAUGCCUACAAUUACCGGUGGGCAUACUAUGGCACCAGCUUAUAUGAUAGGUGAAAAGGGCGCUGAUUUGGUGAAAAAUUCAUGGUUGAAUCGGUCAAUUUAUUAAUCUUAUAAUAUUAAUUUCCGAUGCAACAAAUUCUGUGAUAUCAAAUUAAGUUUAAAUGUGUAUUAGACACACGUAGUUUUGUAAGUGUUCAAAACGUAUUACCAUAAUGAAUUAAGACAAUAAUUAAUGACAUUUUUUGUAAAGAAAUGAACAACAAUUAUGUAUAUCUAUAUUUGAUUAAAUUAGUAGUACCAUCGAUGUAGAUAAAAAAAUAUUACAAUGAAUAUACAAAAUUGUUGGCUAUUAAAAUUAAUUUAAAUAAUUAAAAAAUAAGUAAGUAAUAGAAUACAAUUGUUUGCGGAAUAUACUAUUAUGCUUAGCAGAUUAUUUUAUUAUGAGAAAAUUUCACUAUUAAAGCUGU